AUGUCCCCCACCAAGGAUUCCCACCCCAGUCCCCAUUUUCCACGGGACUCAGGCAUUCAUGCCCCCACCCCUCCGGACUCAGGAGCCCUGACCCUCAGCCCCCCAGUUUCCCCGGGCCCUGGCGUGGGGCCCAGGACAGGGCGAGGUAACAGGUUGUGCCGGCCGCCCGGCUGCAGCGCAGCUCGGAGUUUCUGUUUACUUCCCGGCCCGCCCCUGGGGACGAGAGCCCUGGGCUCCCCUAGGGCUGCUCAGGGGCUGGGGUUCAGAGGCUCGGGUCAGAGGGCCCGACACAACAGCUUUACCAGCCCCAGCCCUCCAGGGGGUCACCACCCACGAGGCACACACACCCGUGCUCUCCCUCCUCCUCUCGCCCGGUGUCCAUGUGCAGCCCUGCUCGCAGGACAUGAAUGUCACGGUGGUCCCAGCCCAGCCGCCCCCAGGCCGUUCCCGGGGAUCUCCCUAACUUGGCCCUCGCGGGCCCCGCUCCCCCGCCCCCCUCCACACGAGAGACCCGGACCUGGAGACCUCUCCCCGUCCCCUUCCGCACCUAGCUGCCCAGGUGUUGGGGCCUCCAGUCCCCCGAACCCCAGCCCCAGGCGUCGGAAGCCCGGAGAAGCGGCUGGGCUCACUCCAGACGGCUGAGUUCCUGCCGACGCCCCCGGUUCCCCGGAGAUCCCGGUUCCCCUGCCCCCU